AUGGAGGCCGGCCUCCCAAGCGACGCAGUCUUGGCCAUCCUUAAGAAGCUAGCGGUGCAGGACCCUCUGUCUUUGCUGCGAGCUACCUUCGCCUGCAAGUGUAUCUUGGAAAUGGCGGAGAAGAACCCUGCCGUCUGGAGGGAAGAAUUUCUGGCGCUCUAUCGCAGAGAGAUGGGCGCGAUCCGGAGUGACGAUGUGGCAAAGCUUGACGCGGGGAUCGCAGAGCAAGAUCUCGCUUUCGUUCCAUUUUAA